UAUGACUAAAAAGUAUAACACAUUUGUCAAUGAUCAAUCCCUUUAGGUGCAACUAUGUGCAAGUGCAUAAUUUUAUUCUUACUAGUUAUUGGUACCGGAAAUAUAUCUGCCGGGCCUUUGUAUCCUGCUAUGAAGAUAUUGAAGAACGUUAGUUCGUACACCAGUAUACCACCUGGUGCAUCAACAAACCUUGUAGAAGGAAACUGCACAGACGUCCAACCACCAGACGUCGGAUAUGCGAUAGAUGUGUUGGAAAAUUAUCCAUAUAACGUCAGUGCUACGGUAAUAUUUUUUAAGCUACGCCCACCAAAGAUAUAUUGCGUUACAGCAUACUCUUUGGAUUCUGAUCCGCAUUCCAUUGCUUACAUUGGAAAAGGAGGAUUGAACUACGACCAUGUCAGCGUUGAACUACGUGCUACUAAUCCACACUAUGGUUUUAAGUAUAAUAUUACUGUUUACUUGACAGAUACUCUUGCAAAUAUCUUGUAAAUAUUUUGAAAUCCAAUAUAUAAUUCUAAAACA